CGGGCAAGAUGGCGGCGCUGGGGAAGCAAUAUGGGCUUAUUAUGCCAAAAAAAUUGCCCCAGAAAAAUCUCGUUUCAAAGAAGCUCUCGGUGUUUGCAGAUGAGUCAGAUGAAGAGCCAUCUGUUGGGGAAAGUCUUCAGAAAGAAGCACUGAAAAAGCAAGCAAUGAAACAGACUAAAUUGGAGAUUCAGAAGGCUUUGGAGGAAGAUGCUACAGUGUAUGAAUAUGACAGUAUUUAUGAUGAAAUGCAGCAGAAGAAGAAAGAAAGUAGUGCCAAAAUGUUAUCUGGACAAGAGGACAAAAAGCCCAGGUACAUCCAUAAUAUCCUCAAAGCAGCCGAGAUUAGAAAGAAGGAACAAGAAAAAAGAAUGGAAAGAAAAAUUCAGAAAGAGCGUGAAAUGGAAGGAGAAGAGUUUGCACACAAAGAGGCUUUUGUGACUUCAGCCUAUAAGAAGAAGCUGCAAGAAAGGGCUGAGGAGGAGGAAAGAGAAAGAAGACAGUCAGCUCUUGAGGCAUACCUGGAUGUGACCAAACAGAGGGAUCUCAGUGGAUUUUACAGACACCUUUUAAACCAGAGGGUAGGGGAAGAAGAAAUGCCUAAAUGCAGCUUCCGUGAAGCCAGGAUAAAGGAAGAAAAACCUGACAGUCAGGAUGAAUCCACCGAAAGGAACAAAUGCCCGUCUGAGAGACAAAAAGUGAAACCCUCUGUCAAGAAAGAGAGUAAUCCAGAUGCUGAUACCGACUUAGGAACUGACAGCAGUGAUGAUGACAAGAGACACAAACACAGCAAAGUAGAUUUGAAAAAGAAGAAAAGGAGAGAGAGCUCGGUGAGCAGUGAAGAGGAGGCCAAACAUCACAAGAGCCAGAGGCAUUCCAGGUCACCAAGUUCAUCCAGUGUGGAGGAGGAGCCACGCACCAAAGCCCAAACAAGUCACCUGGCAAAGAGGGGGGAGAGCAGACCAAGCAGAAGGGGGAAUGAUGAACUGUACAGGGAAAAGGAUUAUGAGAGAAGUAGGACCCACGAAAAGGAUCACCAAAGGGAAAGGGAAGAGCGACACAGGCACGGGGAUCACACGAGUAAGGAUCACUACAGAAGGAGGGAAGAGCAAGAUGAUAAACAAAGGGGGAAGGAAAGAAAGGAGAGGGAGGGACAUGGCAGAGAAAGAGGAGAGAGGAGGGCAAAGGAGAGGGAGGAGAAGGGGUCAGAGAAGGAGCGAGAGAAAGAAAGAAGAAAUGAUAAAGACAGAUAUAAUGACAGAGAGAAGGAGAGAGGAGAGAAAUACAGAGAAAAGGAAGAUCAUGCAAAGGAGAGGAGAGACAAGUAUGGUAGUGAUGAAAAGAAAUACAGAGAGAGGAGGGAAAGUACUCCUCCAUCUCUAGAAAAAGAUGGAGAGACUGAUCUGGAAAAAGAGAGAAAGGGAAAAGACAGACAGGAUGAGAAGGGCAGCUCCAGCUCUGGGAUUUUGUCUGAACAGAAACGUAAAGCUGGAGAAGAAGGGGAGAAAGAGGAGAAAGAGCAAGCACAGAAACCUCCUGAGGGCAUGAGCAAAUUUGCCAAACGGAGCAACGAGGAGACAGUGAUGUCAGCACGGGACCGGUACCUGGCACGGCAGAUGGCACGUGUCACCAGCAAGCCCUACAUCGAGAAGGAGGAGGAUUAAUGUCCCUCUGGUGGACAAAGACACCUGGGCUGUCAACCAAAAGGAAAAGCCACCUCUGUGUGGACUCUUGUACAGAAGUAAAAGGGUAUCCCAGCUAUUUAUUCCUGGUUUUCCUUUGAGAAAUUGUCCCUGAAUAGAACAACUUCUGGAAUGGAUUACUGGGUCACUUGAUACACCCUUAGUCUGUUUAUACAGCUGGAAUAUUAAAUGUGGCUAAUUCUGUACACCUUACCCUUCAGUCCUUGGUACUUAAAGAUUUUGGACCAGGGAGUGUUAAACAUGAGGUGAGAAAACAUCCCCCUGGCAGCCCCUGCUCCUUCCACCAGCUGAGACUGAGCUCUGCUGAAACAAAGGUGCUCUCAGCCCUCAGCAGGAGUCAUUGUUGCCACAUGAUGGUCACAAAAAUGGGAAGCAAACCUGUAAAAGUGUGGGGGGAAAAGCAAGAAAAACAGCCUGAGUAAUAAUCUAGGAGAUUUCUGUAUGUAGUGUGGUUUUGUAAGCUAAAUUGAUACAUGAAUUUUGUAUUUAUGUGUGGGCUUUAGUUUGGGAGCCUGAUGUACAGAAACAAUAAAGUGUAAGAUAUGUGUUGGGUCUAA